GGUCGAAAAGGGAAGGGCGGGGCGGAGAGGGACAGACAGACAGCAAAGACAUGAGCAUGAAGCAAAAGAACAUACAUCACGCCUUGGCCGGGUGGAGAGAUGAGGGAUCAGACAAGUGCGCGACUCGAGAGGGAGGUAGGCGGUGAACAGGAGAGAAAGCGAGUUCGCUACAGAGAGAGAAGAGAGAGAGAGAGAGUGUGUGUGUGUGCAUCUUAUUACAUCAUCGCCUAGGCAGGCGCUGCAGCCUUGGUGCAGCGCGUCGUCAAAACUGGCAGCUAGCCAGAUGGUGUCCACACUCUCUCCUGCGUCUCUUAUCCCUUCAUCCCAGUUUUAACCCUUGCUAAUAAGCCCUCUCUUAGCCCGGCCUCCUCUCGAGAACACGCCGGCAAACCCAGCAGCUUCUGCUUAGCCUAGCCUAGCUAGAUGAGCAUGGACUUCGACGACCACGACGACGGCGACGAGGAGAUGCACAUGUCCAUGCCGAUGCCGAUGCCGAUGCCGGUGAGCUCCAGCUACGAGACUCCGCCGCCGCUGUCCACGGGGCUUGCCGGCGCCGGGAUUACGCCGAACAAGCCUCCUGGUGGUGGCGGCGGUGGUGGUGAGCUCGGCGGCCGUGCCAAGGUCCCGGGCGGCGCAAGGUACCGCGAGUGCCUCAAGAACCACGCGGUGGGCAUCGGAGGGCACGCCGUCGACGGCUGCGGCGAGUUCAUCGCCGCCGGCGAGGAGGGCAGCAUCGACGCGCUCCGCUGCGCCGCGUGCAACUGCCACCGCAACUUCCACCGGAGGGAGUCCGACUUCCCCGCGGGGGCCGAGGGCUCGCCCUUCUCUCCCACCGCAAUGGUCCCCUACGGAGGCGUGCCGCACCACCAGUUCUCGCCCUACUACCGCACCCCGGCGGGCUACCUGCACCACCACCAGCACCACAUGGCCGCCGCAGCCGCCGCGGUCGCCGCCGCUGCCGCAGGCCACCCUCGACCGCUGGCGCUCCCGUCCACCUCCCACAGCGGCCGCGACGACGCCGAGGAGCUGUCGGGCAUGGCGGCAGGGCCCAUGUCGGCGCUGGCCCCGCUGAGCAGCAUGUCCCUGGGCGCGGGCCCGUCGGGGUACGGCUCCGGGUCCGGGUCCGGCAAGAAGCGGUUCCGCACCAAGUUCACCCAGGAGCAGAAGGACAAGAUGCUGGCCUUCGCGGAGCGCGUGGGGUGGCGCAUCCAGAAGCACGACGAGGCGGCCGUGCUGCACUUCUGCGACGAGGUGGGCGUCAAGCGCCACGUCCUCAAGGUCUGGAUGCACAACAACAAGCACACCCUCGGCAAGAAGCCGCCCAGCAUUUGACGCCGCAUGCAACCACCACCACCACCCCAAGAAAAAGCCGCAUGCACGACGCAUCUGGCGUCAUGGGCCUCAGCCGAGCUAGCUGAUCGACCCACCAUGGCAUGGCUAGCCCCCCGAUAGGUACCAGCAUCUGCAUGUUGCUUCCUUGUUCAGCUUAUAGCCAUUGCAUUCGCGCUUGACGGCGUUCCCCUCCGGCCGGAGCGGUGCAUGGCUGGCUGGCUGGCUGGCUGGCUUACAUUAGGUUAAUCCGUAGCGAGAGUUCCUUGGUUCUUGGAUGGAUUUAGGUGGUUCCCUAUUCUAUUCUAUUGCAUUCUGUUUUUAUUUAUCUACUGUUGCUCAUGUUGUUUAGUGGAGUAAGUAGGAAUGUAAUCCCUAGCUAUGGCGCCAUGGCCAUUUGCUGAUUUGGUUCUUCCUGGGAAUGUACUACUACUGCUUGAUCGAUCAGCUCAGCUAGAUAGCUGGCGAUCGAGGAAUUA